AUGAGCAUGGAGCUGCACGUACGCGCGUGCUCGGCGCGCAACUUGCUCGACAAGCAGACGUUCGGCAAGCAGGACCCGUACUGCAAGCUCAUGCUGCGCCGCAAGAGCGUCAGGACGCGCGUGCACGACAAUGGACAUAAGACGCCCGUGUGGAACCAAGUGUUUGUCUUCCCCGUCGCGGACCUCCAGCUGGACCAGCUCGUUAUUGAAGUAAAAGACAAGAACUUCACGGCCAGUACGCUCAUUGGCGAGUGCCGUCUGCCGGUCAAUAUGUUUGUCGACGGCAGCGUCACGGACCAGUGGUACCCGCUCCACAAUGGCUCGAAACGUGCGGGAGAGAUCAAUCUGCGCGUGCAGCUCAAGGGCACAAGUGGGCCGCCAGUGCCGACGGCGUCGACGGGAAAGGCUCUGCAGCCACCAGCAGCGGCUGAAGCGUACCCGUCGUACCCGCAGCAGUCGGGUUACUCGGCCACGCAGCAGUACCCGUCGCCGUACCCGGUGGCGUCGUACGCGGUCCCUGCUGCUGCCGCUGCGACGGCCGCGUCUCAGCCGUACCCGCCACAGCCGUAUUACCAGCAGCAGUCACACUCUCCUCAGUACCCACUGCCCCCGCCGGCUCACUACGGACAGCCACCCGCGGCACAGUACGGGCAGCCACCUGCACCACAGUACGGACAGCCACCUACGGCACAGUACCCCGGACAAGCACCUGCAGCACAGUACCCCGGACAAGCACCUGCACCACAGUACCCUGGCCAGUCGGCGUACUAUCCGCCACCUGCCGUAGCGGGGCAGGCUUAUGGCUACCCGCCUCCACCUGCAGUGGCCUACGCGGCAGCAGGACCUUCCGGCGUGGUUGGCCAGGGAGGGUACCCAUCCGACCAGCGUCAGCAGCGCCAUGGAUCUUCGCAUGGUGGCUUUAGUGCUGGCAAACUAUUUGGAAGCGGUGGCAGCUCUGGGCAUGGUGGUUUUAGUGCUGGCAAACUAUUUGGAAGCAGCGGCAGCUCUGGGCAUGGUGGCUUUAGUGCUGGCAAUCUCCUUGGUCGCGGUGGUAGCUCUGGGCAUGGCGGCAAGCGCGGAGGUGGCAUGAGCACUGGACAGAUGGCGAUGGGUGUUGGCGCUGGUGUUCUUGGUGGUAUGCUGCUGGGCGAAGCUCUGGAGGAUGUGUUUGACUAG